UGCCAACAUAAGGAAGGUAAUGAACGAAGUUCACGUCGUUGUCAACAUGUUCUCCUCCCGACAAGCGUCGAGCUAUGCGAUGAAACCUCUAGCAAGUUCUUUUCGUCUAUGGUGCUUUCCGCUAAAGAGUAAUCAUGGGUCGUGUCAGAACUAAAACCAUCAAGAAGGCUUCCAAAGUCAUCAUUGAGAAGUAUUACACUAGGCUGACUUUGGAUUUUGAUACAAACAAAAGAAUCUGCGAUGAAGUCGCAAUCAUUCCGACCAAACCUUUGAGGAAUAAAAUCGCUGGAUUUGUUACACAUUUGAUGAAACGUCUCCGUCACUCACAAGUUAGAGGUAUCUCAAUUAAAUUGCAAGAAGAAGAAAGGGAGCGUCGUGAUAACUUUGUACCAGAAGUAUCUGCUUUGGAGCACGAUAUUAUUGAAGUAGAUCCAGAAACUAAAGAAAUGUUGAGCAUGCUAGAUUUCAAGAACAUCAGUGGUCUGCAAUUAACUCAACCCCAAACAUUCAAUGCUAGGCGUUAAUAUGAAAAUGUCAGUUAUAUUCUUAUAAAUAAAUAUAUAUAACUGA